UGUUUCCGGCAACCUGCCGUCAGACCAAGCGCUUUCUCGGCUCACGUUUCUUCCAGCCCCCGUUAUCUUCAGGGAGGGUCCUGCAGGGGGAGGAGUAAGCAAACCGCGGAGGAGGGGACACGCUCUCCGCCUGCCUGGCGCAGUCAGUGCGGUGAUAGCUGUCAGACGCGGACGAGGUAAAGAGCGGAAUGGUUCAUUUAUAGACUUCUUCGCUCAAGCGCAGAAGCCCGGGUCGGAUUUCCGCCUUUCUCGGGUUAUUUUUCGGCGGGUGAUAACGACAGUACGUGUCCGUUCGCAGAGAGGAAAUGCCGCACAGAGAUUGUGUGAGUGCAGGUGGAUGGCCAACCUGACGGUCCCCGCCGCCGCUUCCCUUCACAGCUCUGCUGUCGUCCGGAGCUGCGAACACCAAGCGAAUCCAUACAAAACCAAAUCCAACUAAUAACCUGGAGCUAUGCUUCCUGGGGUCGGCGUGUUCGGCACCAGCCUCACUGCACGGGUGAUCAUCCCGCUGCUGAAGAACGAGGGUUUCGCCGUUAAAGCGCUGUGGGGCCGGACACAGGAGGAGGCGGAGGAGCUGGCCAAGGAGAUGAACGUGCCCUUUUACACCAACAGGAUCGACGACGUGCUGCUGCAUCAGGAUGUGGAUCUGGUCUGCAUCAACCUGCCGCCGCCUCUGACGCGGCAGAUCGCAGUCAAGACACUGGGUAUUGGCAAAAAUGUAAUCUGCGACAGGACCGCCACGCCUCUGGAUGCCUUCCGAAUGAUGUCCGCUGCCCAGUACUACCCCAAGCUGCUGAGCAUUAUGGGAAAUGUUCUGCGUUUCUUGCCAGCUUUUGUUCGAAUGAAGGAGCUGCUGAAGGAAGGUUACGUCGGAGAACUUCUGGUCUGUGAGGCCCAGGUCCACAGUGGUAGCCUCCUUGGGAAAAAAUACAACUGGAGCUGCGAUGAUCUGAUGGGAGGCGGUGGCCUGCAUUCGGUUGGCAGCUACAUUAUUGACCUGCUUACGUUUCUGACAGGCCAGCGUGCGGCCAAAGUCCACGGCUUCCUCAAGACUUUCGUCAAACAGACCGACCACAUUCGGGGCAUCCGCCAGAUCACCAGUGAUGACUUCUGCACGUUCCAGAUGGUACUGGAGGGAGGCGCCUGCUGCACCGUCACGCUCAACUUCAAUGUCCCCGGAGAGUUCAGGCAGGAGGUGAUAGUUGUAGGGACUGACGGGAGGCUAACGGUCACAGGGACAGACUUGUAUGGACAGAAGAACAGUGGCGGUGGAGAAAGUGGUGGCGGCCCUGAGCUCCUGCUCAAAGACACCACGCCUCUCGAGAAGGCCUCCCUGCCGGAGAAGGCCUUCAGUGACAUUCCGUCCCCUUACCUCACCGGGACGAUCCGCAUGAUCCAGGCUGUGCGGCAGGCCUUCCAGGACCAAGAUGACCGGCGGACGUGGGACGGGAGGCCCCUGACAAUGGCUGCCACUUUUGAGGAUUGCCUAUAUGCGCUGUGUGUGGUGGAUACAAUUAAGAAGUCCAACCAGUGCGGAGAGUGGCAGAACAUUGUGGUCAUGACAGAAGAACCAGAGGUCAGCCCAGCUUAUCUGAUCAGCGAGGCCAUGCGGCGGAGUAGGAUGUCCCUCUACUGUUAACAUUUUUAAAACUCAAGGUGGCGCUCAAGCGGCAUUGUUGGAAGUUUUUUCACAGAGCUGCCGGAUUCCAGUUUUGUGUUGUCACUGUUACAGAGGCUUUACACGACGACGUACAGAGAGUUGUGGUUUCCCGUCCUCAGCGGUAUGUGAUAAAUAAUCAGAACUUUAUUUAUAAAGAAGCUUUUUUUUUUUCAUUUUGGCAGCAGGUUUAAGCCCUUCGGGGAGAUGCACUUUUAAAUCAAGCUAAUUCAUGCAACAGAAGGACCUACAGUGGUGGCAUAUCAGGGAGUGAAACUACCUGCUGGUUAGUUGGUCGAUCAGUAGGAGGCGUCCUUGUGGGGAUCGCCUUCUAAUGUUCCCAUUUCACCAACAGAUACUUGCAAUUUCAUAUGCUUUUCAUUACCCCUGCUGGCUGCUUGAUCAAACAGUUAUUUGUGCCUCCUGUUUCUCCUUCUCUUCUAUAUAACUGGUCUAGAAAGACACACGCCCUACACUGUGGGUCUGAACAAGGACUGCCAAGGAAGAACGAUAGUCUUUUUUUAAAUUGUGCCAGUCUGUUGUUGCUGUAAUCUGAAGUACGCUUAGUACUAGUUUUACCAAGUGAAUGUUAAAAAAAAAAACAAGUCAGUGUGCUUCUUAGUCAUGCUCUGUCUGCUCCGUACGUUUCUCCUAUGUGUGUGAAACAAGAGAAAAAAAAGAAUCAAUCAUUUGGCUGGUGGUUUUCUUUUUUUGGGGGGGGUCCCAGAGGACUCUGGUUUUCGUAUGCAAUAUAAACAGGCAGAAGGGGCACUAGUUUCUCUCUGAGCCUGAAAUAAAGGGUUAGAUUAAACUAUGGUAUGCCUUUAUGCAGUUCCAGUCGGCUGUGCAUCACCUGCGUGGUUGGGUCAGUGUAGCGGUACUCUGACUCGUUUUAUGCUAUCAUUGUAGCGACUUAAUCUCAUGUGGCACAUAUCUACACUGAAGUGCAGACAGUCUUGCAUGUUAGUUUGCAAGCUAUGUGCAGAUUUCAUUCGCACACUUCUGUGCAAUCAGUGCUGCAAACUAAUUGCAAGCCUGUGUGGUCUGCCCAGAGCUUAAGACUGAGAACUUGCAGUAAAUCAAACAGUGUAGCAAAGUGUGGGCGACUACAUUUAAAAAGAAAAAAGAAAAAAAAAAAGAAAAAAAAAGUUUUUAUUCAAAGUGUUAAGGUUGGUGUUAUUUUGUGGGGGUUUUUCUUAUUGUUGGAAAAUUUCAGAUAGGCCUAAAGAUCAAACCCAGUAGCAUUAUUCCAUCUGUCAAUAAUUCCUAACUACAGUACAGUGUCUGUGGCCCUUGGCCCCACACCCACUGCUUUCAAUUAUUACAUCAAAUUUUUACAUUAAGUGUUUUUAAAAAGAACAGUUCAGAUAUGCAUCCAGCAUUUUGGCCUCUUUUAGCUCAUGUUCCAGUGUUUUGGUUUUGCGUCACUCUCACCGCUCUCAUUGACCUUAUUUCCAGCAGCAGCAAACACACUGUAUGUUGCCAUACAUAUUUUUAAAGGAACUAAAAGGUUCCUUCAGUCCACUGAUAUCUAUGUCACCAGUGUGCUCUAAAGACUAAAGAGUAUUAAGGAAAUUGGUCCAUUGACAUGGAAACUCAAAGGCUGUUUUAAUAUGCAACUUUAAGAAAAGGGUUAUGGUACUGUAGAAGACUACAACAAUAAAACCAUACCAAACAGUACACAAUUAAAGCAAUUAAAGCUUAACUUGCAGUCCUGCUUUGAACCCCUAUAGAGCCAGUGCCGUAGUAGGUGACAGCGCUGCCUGCACUGGUCUGCUGUCAAGAUUGAAUCUAACUUAUUUAUUUAUUUUAUGCACGGAUUGUCAAGAGGAAUGAAAACAUGAAAACGGCAUCCGCCUACAUUGGAAGAUUAAUAUCUCUUGCAUUAGAAUAGUGAGGAAGCUAAUCAGUAAACUAUGCUUACACAGACCAUCAACACCAAACAGACCAACCGCAGUUGUUUUCUCUGAAGGUGCACAUCAGACUAUGCUCUAGCUAAACUGUAGAUUUAAAACAGUUGUAAGCGUGGCAGGAACCACUGCAGCGACGUUGUCAGCUGCGCUUCAAAGCUGUCCAUGUCGAUUUGCUGCUUUGUAAAUAACAACAAUGCUGGAAAAGAGAUGAGCAGUGGCAGUGAAGCAGUUUCAAAAUGCCCAAAAGCAAUCACAUUUUUGAUCUUUUGCAGUUCAGAACAAUCGAUAUUAUUAAGUACUACAAGCCUCCACACUGGGGUUUGAAUUAAGUUCUGUUUAAAAUAUUAACCAGUCCUCCCAACAGCUUUCUAUUAUCUGGACAAAGGCAAAUACAGCUUUGGACUUGUUAUGUAAGCAGAAAUGUAUGCUGUAAGUUUCAUCAGCUGUCGACUAAUGCACGUAACAGUUUAACCCACCAAUCAGAAAACAUAACAAGCAGGUGUGUGACUCACAGUCCAGCUUCCCGGAAAACAGAAACAAACCAUCAGAAAGUGAUGAAAGCAAAUACAGCUGAACUUAAAGUUUAACGUCAGUCGACGCAGGUGAAGGAAUAACACCAACCCACAAGCCAAAAGAUUGAUUUUUUUUUUUUUUUUUUUUUAAAUAUGCAUUCUCUAUCCAUAAACUGUGCUGAAAUACUAAAUAUGUAACGACUACUGAAAAUGUACAUAAAAAUAAUAUGAAGCAACAAUACGCUUUUGUCUAAAGAAUUAAAUCAGUACUGUAUGGGGUUUUUUGUUUUUGUUUUUUUGUACAAACCAAGGAACUGGAACAUGUCUGGAUGAGUGUUAGGGUAUUUAUUCUAUGUUGAAGUUUCCACUGACUGACCUGCAGUGCUAUUGUGGGAGAUUAACAGCAGACUGAGGCCUUUGGAGCAUUCAGCUUCUUAUUUCCAUUUAUCGGAUAUUGACCAAAAGAGUCUCUUGUGAAAAGCUUUAUGUUUUCUCUUUAAAUGCACUAUAUCAGAAAGCAGCACAACUACACUGUCGCCCAUGAACUCAUAGAUCAUAGAGUGUACUUGUACUUCAGUGCACGCCCUUUUAUUGUUUACUGUUUAGUGCUUUGCUGAGGCCAGGCCCUCUUUAAAACCCCUCAUGUCACAGAACAGAAAUUGAAGAACCAGAAAACACUUUUGCCUAAAUAGUUUGCAUGAAAAGCGCAGAGUCCGACACUGAUAAGCUGCCUCUCAGUACUUCAGGGAAAAUAUUGCCCCGUGUGUACCAAACGCCUUAUCAAAUCUGCAUAUAGACUUUCCCCCCUUUGUCAGAUAAGCUCACAAGAUAUAGCUAUGUAAAGAAAAAACAACAUGCACAGAAGUUAGACUUGUUUCUUCAGAGUUGAAUUUGUCUGUUUUUUGUUUUGUUUUUUUUACCAUCAACACAGAUUUGGGGAAAUGAACCUAAGGGUUGGUCGACUGUGAAGAAGACACUAGAUAAGCAGACACUUAAUAGGAAAAAGGAGAGGUCUUUAGGACCCCACUGAUAUGGCCUUUAACUCAUUAUACUGCUGUUUGAUUUAUAGCUCUCUGCUGGAGUAGAACUGGUUGUUUAUUUGUCCCUGUUGAGUUCAGCUGGAGGUGAAUGAUUUGCCUUUCUCGCUGGUUAAAUAUAGAUAGACGCACACAGGGAGGGAAAGGUUGGAGGAUAAAUAUAACACCUACAGCAUAUUAAAGGCAGCUUAUGACUUAGGUUAACUUUUAUUGCAGUAAAAUCUGACGUUUUUGCUUUAAUUGGUAGCAUUUUAUUUGCGGGUCUGUUUGGCCCUUAUGCACUCUCGUAAAGUCCUCUGUGACUGUGCACUUCGGUGCAGUCAAAGAUCUGAGAGUGUGAUUUCUGGUUAAUUUCCAGUUGGAUUCUCUUGUGAGUCCUCCCUGUUUCUGCACAAGUAAAUACUUUAUGUGCUUAUCUCUUCCGAUGGAAAAUGCAUUUUUCAGAUCAGUUCAGACUUUCUUGAGGACACAUCUCAAAGGAGGCAACACCUUAAGUCAUAGGAUUUGGAAGUUGCAUAAAAGCAUAGCUAUGAGCCUCAUAUUCUACACGAGGGCCUGACUACGACUGAUUAAAGCCAAAACUACGUAGAUGUUAGCAGUUGGCUGUGCUGAUCAAUUUGCUGAUGAUUAGUAUUGUGACUCUUUCCAGUAAACCUCCCAAGCAUUAUUAGAACAUUUUGAAUCUCUAAAGUGCUAAUUAAUUAUUAAGAAUUUGUGACACGUAUCUAUUAUUUUUACCAAUGCUGCCACCCUGCCCCCAGGGUGGGGCCCUGAUGAAUGGAUUAGGGGUAGCAGUUUUGGGGUUGGGUUCAGUUCUUGGGAUCACGCUCCAGGCAGGAUUUGUGAUAGUUGUAAGGAAGUCAAUGUCUUUUGGAACAACCAUGGAAGGGAGCUUGAUCUGCAUCAUAGACUGUACAUAAAGGAUGGAUGUGGCUUCCAGGUCCUAAACCUGAAGCCAGUUGAAAAGUGCCUUAAAGCUGUCGAGUCUUACUGAAUACAAAUAUUACGAUCCUUAGUAGAGUUUAAAAAACAAAACGAGAACGCAGGGAAUCCUUUAGGGCGGGGCUACCUUGUGAUUGACAAGUCAUUAAUAUUUAAGUUUGCAGUGUCAUAAAAAUAUUGACAACGCUCAGCUCGAGGCUUCGCAAAUCAGUGAAUGACAUCUGCCAUUUCCAUCCUUUAUACUCUAUGCUAGGUAACAGUGUUGAUGGUGAUGUCAAAGGUACACGUGCCAUGAGCCAAAGUCUCCUAGAGGUGUUACACUAAAAUACUCAUCGUGUUUUACUGCACCUAUUUUAAUGUUGUGGCUGAUUAGUGUAUGUUGCCUGCUCACACAAGCUCACAUUGUUUCAGCAGGUUUUAGUGCCUCUGCACAAAUAGAUUCAGUGUGCUUUUAGAUCAGCCUGGGCUUCAUCUAGAAAUAAAUCAGCUAUAUUUAGUGUCCCGUGGUCAGAAGACCCAUAAACUUAAGUAGACCUUCUUGAGCACUUUGUGUGUUUGAAGCUUAUCUGUGUAGGGGUGAGUGCAGGUUUCAUUCAUGUCCACACAGAGCCAUGGCCCUUCACAGAGACUCAGUUAGUGCAACAAAAACAGUGGGCUUUUCAUUUCAGCCAGUGUAGAUGCUGGAUAGGGGAAAAAACAGUGAAUCAGAGAAGAAGUCAUUAUGAGUGUUGUUACAUCACAAGGCUUUAGUGGUCAUUAGCAAAGCGUCUCCACCAGCUUUCAUUUGUGAACGGAGAGGCAGUGAGCAGCAGUCUGAAACACACGAGGCAAUAUGUGGCUUCUGAAGCGCUGAAUAUUUAAUGAGGAAUGUGAAUGAGCCAAUACAGCACAGUGUGAGGAUGUCAUGCAUUUUAUCUGUUGACUGAUUUUAUCUUCUUUUUUUUUCUAAGUUGAACCACUGAGUGUUUUUGCUUUUCAUGCUGAUGACAAAUUUUGUUGGUUUUUCCUCCGCCUGUCAGGAUGGCCCGAUUGUGCAUUGAGAAAGACGCUGCAGAAAACCUAAACACAAAACAAGAGGUGCUCCGGUUCCAGCACUUUGCCUCGUUUGCUGACAGUCUGACUAUGAACCGCUCCGUCUCUGCGUUGACAGCGUUCACUGACUCAUUGCUCAGGAAAGGCCUUCGCUCGCUGAGAGGGAGAGAGAGCGAGAAAGGAGGUGGAGGUGAAAACCUCAAAGAGAUGCUUCUCAUACACUCGGAGACUGUUAAUUCGCAGCCGGAUCCCACAUUGCCAAAACUAAGUCUUGAUUUGACCCCUCUCAUCUCAUUCUUUCACACUCGCUCCUCUGUAGGUCUCCCCCUCCCUCUGAGGUUCCUUUUUUCAGCCACUGCUGAGAAAGUUGAUUUGCUUUACUUUGCAUCAAUCUCUCCUUUCACUUGUCCCCUUUUCCCCCCUUUCCCCUUUCUAUCGUGAGCCAGGUUGAAGCCUGGAGGAAAAGCUCACUGGUGCUUCUGCAGACCUCCCUCUCCUUAUUUGUUGUUUUCACAGCCACACAAAGGCCGCUCCGUUCACUCACAGGUUGUGAAUGCCUUUCCACAGCUGGUUUAUGAAUGCUGACUCUGGUGUCUUGCUUGCUUCCCGCUCCACAGAUAUCCAUUUUGAUGCUGUAUUGUGACUAUAUCUGAUAUUUAUUGUUCUGUAUGUAUAUCGUGGAUGCAUGGACCUCUGUAGAUACUGUAAUUUGAACUCUCAAACGCAUAUUUAUGGGUCUUACUAGAGGGAAUGUACUUGCUGUAGGAAUAAUUUAUAUUUUCUAUCCGUUAAGGAGGUCAGUUGGUGUCACAAAUAAACGCCCUGCUGUAAUGUUUUGUUUUGGUUUUUUUUGUUUAGUUUUUUUUGUUCUGAGUGACUGUAACUUCUGUUUCAGUGUUUACUGGCAAAUCUCCCUGCACCAGUGCUUGGCAUUGAUUGAAUGUGUGUGGCUAAGGGAAUGCGUGAAAGUGGGGGAAAAUAAAGUGUGAUCUUGUGUUUGCGACAUGGUUUACAGCUUCAGCACUUGUCUAAUGCUGCAGUUUCUAUGGAAUAAACAAUAUAUACAUA